AUGGAAAACGGCGCCGCAAGCGCCCAGGCCGACGGCAAGGAUCCGUCUGGCUUCCUCUCCGACAUCAUCAGCAAACCCGUGACCGUGAAGCUGAAUUCCGGAGUCGUCUACAAAGGCGAGCUGCAAUCGGUGGACGGAUAUAUGAACAUCGCACUCGAGAAGACAGAGGAAUACGUCAACGGCGUGAAGCGGCGGACCUACGGAGAUGCGUUCGUGCGAGGAAAUAACGUUAUGUACAUCUCUGCCGACUCGUGA